AUUAUAUUCCAGAUUCUUGAAAUGUCAAAUUUUAAUUAAUUAACCAGUAUCUCCGUGACUUGAAUGUGGGAAAAAAAAGAUUAUUCAGUACUUUAAAAAUCCGCAUAAUUGAAUAAAAGUGUAGACUGUGAGAUUUCAGCCUCCGCCGUGGAUAACCAUCCAUACUGUCUGUGCACAGGCUGCACAACACGUCCCUCUGAACCCCGAGGAGGAGCGGAGAGGAACAGCAGCGGGUCUCCGACAUGGCUAAAGAAGGACCAGAUAUGAUGGAGGAGACCGAGUUCAUGAUAGACACAAAUGUGGGUAAAGAACCAGAAAACGUGGAAUCAUCCGGCGAUGCUAAAGAAAUGCGAGCGGUGAUACUGUCAGGUUUCGGAGGUCUUAACAAACUCAGGGUAGCCAAGAAGGCAAUGCCCGAGCCUCAGGGUGGUGAAUUGAAGAUACGCGUCAAAGCAUGUGGCCUGAAUUUCCUGGAUCUGAUGGUACGUCAGGGGACGAUUGAUAAUCCUCCCAAACCUCCUGUUGUCCCUGGGUUUGAAUGCUCUGGAAUAGUAGAGUCCGUAGGUGAAAACACAACCGGAUUUGAGAUAGGCGACAGGGUUAUGGCUUUUGUCAAUUACAAUGCCUGGGCAGAAGUUGUUUGCACGCCAGUGGAUUUUGUCUACAAGAUGCCAGAGGAAAUGAGUUUUGCUGAGGCCGCUGCAUUCUCCCUAAACUUUGUGGCUGCCUACAUGAUGCUCUUUGAGGUUGCCAAUCUGCGAGAGGGGAUGUCAGUGCUGGUCCAAUCAGCAGGAGGGGGUGUCGGUCAAGCUGUGGCUCAGCUGUGCUCCACUGUACCUAAUGUCACUGUGUUUGGGAUCGCCUCAUGUUUCAAACACGCAGCUAUCAGAGACUCGGUGACUCACCUCUUUGACAGAAACGUUGAUUAUAUACAAGAAGUGAAAAAGAUUUCUCCAGAUGGAGUAGACAUCGUGUUGGACUGCCUGUGUGGGGAGAACACAGGGAAAGGCCUGACCCUGCUGAGGCCUUUGGGAACCUACAUACUCUAUGGCGCAUCAAACAUGGUAACUGGGGAUACAAAGAGUUUCUUCAGCUUUGCAAAAUCUUGGUGGCAGGUGGAGAAGGUGAACCCUAUUAAACUAUACGAGGAGAACAAAGUCAUAGCAGGAUUCUCGCUCCUCAACCUCCUCUUCAAACACGGGAAAUGUAGUCUUGUGAAAUUAGUGAUGGACAAACUCUUGUGUCUCUAUGAUCAAAAGAAGAUCAAGCCGGUGGUGGACUCCCUAUGGGCGCUGGAGGAGGUCAAAGAGGCCAUGCAGAGAAUUCACGACAGAGGCAACAUAGGAAAACUCAUUCUGGAUGUCGAGAAGUCUCCCACUCCUCUGAUGGCCAGUGACAGCACAGAGACCAGCGAGGCAGGAGAGGAAGAAGAGGAGCCAGAGGGAGACAACGACAGCAAGGAGCGAAUGCCUUUCAUCCAUUAAACCCCUACCGCAACACGCAGAGAGACUGCAGAGGCUGCACAGAUUCACCACAGAGGAACACAACCACACACAAAUGUUGAGCAGUUUGUGCGUAUGUAUGUGUGCAUGUGCCGUACGCAUGUAUGCAUGAAAGGAUGUAUGUACAGUAUAUGUUUGUGCCUUUUGUCUUUUACUUAUGGUUUGUCAAUUAAUUGGUCAAGCAGAAUUAUUGGGUGAACAAAACAAACGACGUGUUUGUCACCCAGGCAACAUAUGCAAGUGCCAUUCUCAAUAUAGUAUUAUUAUAUUCUUUACAGUAUUAUGAAGUCAUGUUAUGCUAGCCAAUAAUGUAAAUGGCUUUUUGUCCAUUUCACAGUUAAUUGCACUUGCAAACUUAAACCUGCUGAUCUUCUAUUAUGCCUCUAAGAUUAGUUCCCUGGAAACAGAUUUACUAAAGCAUGUACGUGUCAUACAGUAUAGUAUAACAACCUUAACAUGUCUAAACAUUUCACAAGAUAGUGUCAUUUGAUUCUCACCGUACAGUGAUGACAGCUGUAAAAUGAAAGCAAACCAUUGACAUACAUUUGAGAUAAUGACCCAGAGAGAGUGAAUCACUUUCUCAUGUUACAAUAGUAAUGUGUAAGCCACAAGAGGUAGAAAGGUCUGUGUGUAGAUAUUUUAUUCUUAGGUUCCUGCCAACCUUGUAAUAUAUCACAGGAUCACCAGUGCCUUUGAGCUACAAACAAGCGUUUGAUACUUGAAAUGCUUUCCUCGUGUGAAGUUCACAUCGAACAAAAAAGGUGUUUUUAACUGGAAUACAAAAACCAAGCAUCUAAAAAUGUGUCCUCAUCUGAUCAUAGAAUUUGUAGUGAGGUCAAUCUACGGUGACACCAGAGCUCUGUUUAUGUAGUUAUUGGAUUGAGGACAUAUUUUCCCACUACACCGUAUAUUCAGAACUAAAAUCCAUACGACGCCAUACAGUGUUACAUUUAUCAAAAGGUAACAAACAUUUGAUAAUAAUAUAUGUAAAUACAAGAGAACAUGAGAUAAAUCAGUGAAUUCAGAAUUUUCUUUGGGAGGAUCAGGGAGCGGCCGGUCAGACUGCAGUGUGAGGUUUGUGGAGUCUCUGCUUUGCUUGUCUGACCAAAGUUGUUUACUUGCUGGUGCCUCACAACAAAAGUGCCAUAAAACUCCAACAUAAAUUAUUUUUACAAUGAGCUGGUGAAUAAAGGCAGGUUGAUGUAGGCCUGAGCAACACUGUGUAUUACUUUAUUUAAGUAUGAUGCUAUUUGCUUUACUCUGCAAGUUGUUAAUGAAAUGUAGGAGAAGAACAGCUGACAAGGAACAAAUGUUCUAAUGGCUGAUCUGUUUUUAUUUUUCAUUUAUCAAAGUAAAAACAAACUAUUGGUUUCGCUAUUUCUUGGACCUUGCUUAUUCAAUGUAUUUUAUAUCAGCUAGUCAUCUGAAUAAUUUAUUACUUCACUUGAAUUAUUAAAAUGAAACCAGAGUAUACAUCAAAAAAUAUUUUCUCAACAAAAACAAUAAAACAAGUCUUUCCUAAUCACGCCAUUUUAAGAAAUAAAAAAAAUAUAAAUUAAGUAAUAGCAAAACUAACAGGAGUACCGCUGCAUGCUUUGAAGUUGAAAGAUAAACAGUGAAGAGACAGUGUUAGUGUGUGUACAGUCAUAUUAGAAUUGAUUUAUAGACUUGGAAAUAAGGACAAUGAUGUGUUGACACUUUGGAAAUGCGUCUCAAUUUUGAUGCCUUUAAUGUCAGGCGUGUGUGUGUGUGUGUGUGUGUGUGUGUGUGUGUGUGUGUGUGUGUGUGUGAGAGAGCAUGUUUUUGAGUGUAUUCAUAUUGCACUGUAAAAAAGUGUCUAAAGAAGUAUUAGACAUUGUAGUGUGUUCACAAAAAUUCCUUAUAAAUUCUGGUUUACCUGUGGUCGUAUAUUUUUUGUCACAUUUUCUGUUGUGUACUUUCUUUGUGUACAGCUUUGUUUACUUGAAUAAAUGUAUCUGCAAAGUA